ACCUCUUGCUGUUGACUCAGUUCUCACCAUUGACAGACUUUGGAGUUUCUUUGAUAACUUGUCGUUCUCUUUGGUUCCUAUCAUCAUUUUCAAGUUCUUGCAUGUACCGCAGUUACUGAAGUUAUCAUGAUGUCUUCCUUCACUUGUGAUUGGACUUAUGAUGUCUUCCUCAAUUUUAGAGGGGAAGAUACCCGGAAUAACUUCACUGGUAGUCUCUACAACUCUUUGGAUCAAAAAGGAAUCCACACCUUCUUGGAUGAUGAAGAGCUUAGAAAAGGGGAAGAAAUCAGGCCAGCUCUUGUCAAAGCCAUCAUAGAAUCUAGGACUGCCAUCAUGGUGUUCUCUGAAAACUAUGCAGAGUCCACAUUUUGUUUGGAUGAACUUGUCACGAUCCUUGAGCACUUAAAAGCACAAGGUCGAUUAGUUUGGCCAAUCUUUUAUGAUGUUGAUCCGUCAAAAGUCCGGCAUCAGACUGGGAGUUAUGCACAAGCUUUGGCAAAACAUGAGGAAAGGUUCAAAUAUGACAAGGGCAAGGUUCAGAAAUGGAGGAAGGCUUUAUAUGAAGCAGCUAACCUAAGUGGCUGGCACUUCAAACAGGGGUCUCAAUCUGAAUAUAAAUUUAUUAUAAGCAUCGUUGAUAUGGUCUCCAAAAAUCUCAAUCACAGUCCUUUACAUGUUGCUGAUAACCCAGUUGGGCUAGAGUCUCCAGUGCUACAAGUGGAAUCGCUUCUUCAGCUUGUGUCUUAUGAGUGUGACAACAUGGUAGGGAUUUGUGGGAUCGGUGGAAUAGGUAAAACCACAAUUGCUCGUGCUGUGUAUAACAAGAUUGCAGAUCAAUUUGAUGGCUUGUGCUUUCUUGCCGAUAUUAGAGAAAAAGCAAUUAAUAACCAUGGCCUUAAACAACUCCAAGAAACACUACUUUCUGAUAUUCUUGGAGAAGAUGUUAAAAUUAGAGACAUCAAUCAUGGAAUUCCACUGAUAAAAAGGAAGCUCGGAAGAAAGAAGAUUCUUUUGAUUCUUGAUGACGUGGACAAACUCAAGCAAUUAAAGGCAGUUGCUGGGGGAUAUGAUUGGUUUGGCAAAGGCAGCCGAAUCAUUAUUACAUCUAGAGACAAGCAUUUGUUAGCUACUCAUGGAGUGGCGCAGUUUUAUGAGGUUAAAGAGUUAAACCAGAAACAAGCUCUUGAAUUGUUCAGCUGGAAUGCCUUCAAAAGUAACAAAGUUGAUCCUAGUUAUGAACAUAUUUUAGACCGUUUCCUUUCUUAUGCCAGGGGCCUUCCUUUGGCUUUGGAAGUAUUAGGUUCUAACUUGUAUAGUAAAGGAGUUGAUGAAUGGAAUUCUGCAUUGGAUAAAUAUAAACAAGUUCCUAAUAGAGAGAUUCAUGAAAUGCUGAAAAUAAGUUAUGAUGGUUUGGAGGAAGAUGAGAAGAAAGUUUUCCUUGACAUUGCUUGUUACUUCAAUAAAUACAAAAUAUCAUAUGUCAAAGAAAUUCUACAUGUCCGUGGUUUUCAUCCCAAUUACAGUAUUGGAGUUUUAAUUGACAGAUCUCUGAUGAAGAUUGAUGAGUUGGGUUGUGUAAGAAUGCAUGAUUUGAUUAAGGACAUGGGUAGAGAAAUUGUUAAACAGGAAUCAUCUGAGCCUGGCGAACGUAGUAGGUUGUGGUUUGAUGAGGACAUCAUUCAUGUUUUGCAAGAAAAUACAGGAACCAAUAAAAUUGAAGUCAUAAUUUUGUACUCACACGAAGAGAAAAGAGUGCAUUGGAAUGGAAAAGCAUUCAAGAAGAUGAGAAAUCUCAGGGUUCUUAUUGUUGGAGAUGCACACUUUUCUAUUGCUCCCAAACAUCUUCCCAAUAGUUUACGAGUGCUAGACUGGAGUGGAUAUCCAUCACCCUCUUUACCCUUUGAUUUUCAUCCCAAGGAACUCCUCAUUCUCAGUUUGCCAAAUAGCUGUCUUAUAUUGGACAAACCAAUCAAGAUGUUUGACUCUCUGAGUUUCAUGGAUUUUGAAGAAUGUAAAUUCUUAAGACAAGUACCAGACCUUUCUGGAGUCCCAAAAUUAAGGGCAUUGUGCGUUGAUAACUGCAUAAAUUUAAUUGAAAUCCAUGAUUCAGUUGGAUUUCUUGAUCAACUAAUUCUGUUGAGUGCUCAAGGGUGCAUCCAGCUUCAUACUUUUGGACGUGCCAUCAGGUUGCCAUCUCUUGAGACUCUUGAUCUUAGGUGGUGCACAUGUCUUCAGAGAUUUCCAGAAGUAGAAGGAAUUAUGGAAAAUAUUCGAGAUGUUUAUUUGGACCAUACUGCCAUACAAGAAUUGCCAUUUUCAAUUCAAAAUCUGAUUGGGCUUGAACGACUGUACCUGCGCAGUUGUCAAAAUCUCAAGCAGCUUCCAAGUAUCAUUCGAUCGUUGCCUAAACUUGAGGUGAUAACUAAUCAUGGACAAAGAGGGUGGAAAUCAUUUGAACCCAUUAGAGGUCAAGAAGAAGUAAAAUCAAAAGUGUUCCCACUUCCCCGUCUAUGGCGCGGGAAUUACAUUACCAAUGUGUAUUAUAUAUGUGUAAGCAGUGAAAAUGUUAUCCAAGGAUAUUUUGCACAGGUCAAAAUUUGUCGGCCUAUGGCAUUGCCCCAACCACACAGGAGACCAUCGGGUUCGUUUUGGUUUCGUAAAAGAUUUCCUGCAGUCACUCUAAUUUUUGAAGGGAAGCCUGACUUUCUUAUGCACAUUGAAGGAGCAGUGAUAGAUUUCAGGAUUUGGGUGUUCCUCUAUGGCUUUGACCAGUUUUCUUUUUCAUCUACUUGUAUAAUUCCUGCAGCAAAGGUAACAAUCACAGAACCUCUACAUCUACUUGUUGAUGUGAGGAAUCUUCAAUACAAAUUUGAGCAAGGUGUUCGUGAAAAAGUAUUUUCAGAGCAUGAAUGGUACCAUGUUAUGCUUUCCCACGAACUAAAAUGCCACAUGUAUGAUCAUAAGCGUGUACCUUUAGGCCAAAACACAACCAUAACAGUGACCAUUCCACUCAAAAGCAUUGAUCCAGAUACCUACACAGAUGACAUCAUUUUCGGAAAUCCAGGUCUUGGAAUUGGAGCUAGACCACUUUUGACAUGGCCCGAUCAGCAAAUAGGGGCUGGACCAUUUAUUAGUCCAAUUUAUAAUUCAAGUCAAGCUGCGGUAAGUCCCAAGAAAAAUUUAGUCAAACCAAAAUGGAUGCUGAGUUUAGCAGUAGAAACCGGAACUGAGUUUAGCAGUAGCAGUAGAAAAGAUGAAGAAAUAAAUGCAUGGGAAAGUGAAGGAGAAUGAAGAGGAGAAAGGGAAAGUGUAUGGUGUGGAAGUGAGGAAGGAAAGUGAAGGAGAGUGAAGAGGGAGUGAGGGGGUGAGAGUUAAAUUGGUUGGGUGGUCAGUGGCGUGUUAAAUUUAACACCUUUUUAUUUAAGUAUUCUUACUGUUUAGUUAUUUCCAUCGUUCUUGAAUAUUCCUUUUAUUAAACUGAUGCGACUUUCAGGGCUAAUUAGUUACUAGAUAAAUUGUAAUGUGUGAAAAUGAAAAGGUACUCAGAAAAUUAAGAUUUGGUCUUCAAUUUCUUUUGACAUGA